UAGUAAUUUUACAGAAAUUUAUCAUUAAUGCACGAACGACUUGUCGUGGAGGGUAAACUCGCGAAGCCCGAAGUCUUUGUGUGUGCAACUUUGAGACAAAACUGCGACUGCGAAAAACGGCAGCAAUGGCGACCGAGCUUGAAGAGUUGGUGGGAUUUCUUUCAGCUCCUUCUCUGCCAGUGCAGAAGGCUGCUGUUGAUAUCGUUCGGGACUUAACCGGGUCUGAAGAUGGGUUGCUGUCCCUUUCUAAGUAUGCCAAUAUUGUGAUUUCAUCAUUAUCUCGACUUUUAAGCCAAAAAAAGGAGGUCUCUGAGCCUGCAGCGCAAGCCGUUGUGAAUCUCUCCCAGAACUCAAAUUUAGCUGCUAAGAUGGUUGAGAUAGGGAUGGUUCAAAUGGCUAUGGAUCUAUUGUAUAAACCAGACUCUAGCAUUACCCAAUUGCUGGUAAUGCUCCUAGUUAAUCUCACUCAGUUGGAUGCUGGCAUUAAAUCCUUGCUUCAGACUGAGGAUGAGAAGGUGCAAGGACUGUUUGUUAUGAAGCUUGUGAGAUCAUUCUGCAGAUCCUCCAGCGAAAAUAGAGAUGACCAAUUUGAUCAUGUAGGUUCCAUUCUUGUAAAUAUAUCACAGAAAGAAGCAGGUAGGAAAAUGUUACUGGACCCUAAGCGAGGAUUGCUGAAGCAGAUUCUCAGACAAUUUGACUCAACUAAUCCAUUGCGGAAGAAAGGGGUUUCUGGAACGAUUCGCAACUGCUGUUUUGAAGCUGAGAAUCAGCUACAAGAUUUACUUUUGACAUCUGAAUUUCUUUGGCCAGCUCUACUUCUGCCUGUUGCUGGCAAAAAGAUAUACAGUGAACAAGAUACAUCAAAAAUGCCUCUUGAGCUUGGCAGCGCACUCUCAAUUGAGCGUGAACCAUGUGAUGACCCUGAAAUUCGUGUUCAAGCAUUGGAGUCUAUUUACUUGAUCACAUUACAGGAGGCUGGUCUAAGAGCCUUUUGGUCUGUCAAUGGACCUCGUAUACUACAAGUUGGGUAUGAAGAUGAGCAGGAUCCUAAAGUAAUGGAAGCAUAUGAACAAGUUGGCUCCUUGCUCGUUCAUGAAAGUGGGACGGCGGUGUCAUCCAAUGAAACCUCAUACUCAUAGUAGCAAUGCUUUGAUACAAUAUUGUUUCCAAUCAGAUAACAUUUCAGUUUUUAAGAAGCUGAAAUUUUCAUUGUCAAGAUCAAGAACUCAAGCAACAUUUUGGCCAAUUAUUGUGCUGUAGGUACAUGGGAUCAUGCCUACAAUUUAUCAGAGAAUGGUUUCUGGUGUUUUGUAAUGUAUGAUUUUGUCAGUAAUGUAGAUUAUCAAGUAAAAGAAUAUAAGUAGCCACUUAGUCUUGGCUUUAGGAAGAACUUUUGUACCAAUGUGAUCUUUAUUUACAAGUGUGGUACUGUUGUCCUUUUUACUCACUGUCAUCUCAGUGUAACUGUGUAUGUGAACUUUAUACAUUUUUUAUUAUCGGCUUUGGCAUUGCAGUUUUA